GUUUCGGCCGCAGCGCCAAGUGCGGGUGCGCUUGAACGUGAGAGGAAACCCGAGCUUGCCUUCCCUUGGCAUGGUGCUCCUCGGUUGACGUUUUCACUAUAUGUGGGCGUCUCUUUAUUUUACUGCUCACUCUGCGAAAGUAACCGUAACACGGCGUGUUUGUGUUGAUUCACGCUUGGAGGAAGAAAAAGAAACAACCUAGUUCAAUGUGGGUGUGAGCCUCACAAAAUAGGCGAAACGCACUGAAUCCUGCAUUGCAGCGGUGGGCGCUGGAGUAUUGCGUAAAAGGAGCGAAAACCUGAGUGGUCGACAUUACACGUUAAUCUGUAAUGUCCUCCGGGCUCAUGCUCUGCACGAAGUUGGCCGAUGUCGCUGAAUAAUGAGUGUAGGCUUUUCAUCCAAGCCCAGCUCCUGCAUGCAUGCGAAUAUCCUACUUCUUGCGGCCUUUUUCUGCCAUACGGUACAGAGUUUCAAGCCUGACCCUGCUCACUACAACACACCUCAUGAAGCUAUCGAGUAUAUUGCAUGGAAAGCUUUAAAAGAAGGCAAGCCUCCGUGUGUCACAGUUCAUCCCAUAGGAAUCAGCCUUUUCUGCAUCAUGGGACAGUGUGUCCAGGGUGAAAAUGGAAGUUCUUACUGCCAAUGCAGCCAGCAUUUUACGGGACUGACAUGUUCAGUCUACAAGGGCAAGUGCACAUCAGAAAGCAUUUGUGGUCCCCACCUGUGUCAAGACAACCCCAACAAAAUUAGCUUGUACGAGUGUGUGUGCAAGCCAGGCUACCAUGUUCCUGAGAGCCCAGCAUUCUCUCACUGUGUACCAGACAGUAUUCUCAGUAGUGCUAUUGAAGAGAUGUACAGUGAAAGCUCAACAAAUACAACUACACAGCCAUCGACAGCAACUUACAUUGAAAAGCUUGACAAAGCAAGCAUGCUUCUGAACAUCUCUGUGAAGAAUACCAGAACUUCUUUGAUGCCUGUUACAAUAGAAAGCAAUGCCUCUAAACCAGCAGUUGUAUGUGAAAGCUUAGGAUUUGACAUCCAUCCUGCUCAGAAGAAAGAAGAAAACACGGCAGUAGAUGCCUUCAGAGCAGCACUCCAAAAUACUACUGGGCAAGAUGAGCCAGCUGAAUCCACAGGAGUCAUGGAGACCAACAGCGAUGGUACUGUCCUUGAAAAUCAACUGCACCAUGGAGCUGACAGUGCCUUCACAGCAGCACUCCAAAAUACUACUGGGCAAGAUGAGCCAGCUGAAUCCGCAGGAGUCAUGGAGACUAACAGCCAUGGUACUGUCCAUGAAAAUCAACUGCACCAUGGAGCUGACAGUAUUAAAGGUCAAGACCAAACCAAGGAACGAAUAGAAGAGAAUUUAACUAAAUACCAUGUGGGUUUUGGCAGUGGAACCGUUACAGUAGCAUUAUCAAACAACAGAGGAGUGUACAAAACCAAGGAAAAAACAGAAAGAAAUGCAACAAUAUUGCGUGUGGGUCUCAACAGUCCACCUGUUACUGCAGUGUUAUUAGACUACAGUGAAGCAUUACUUUCAGUGCCUCAGCAGCUCAUGAAACGAGCAGUGAAGCUUCAGGUGCCUGUCAUACAGAGAAGGUGUGCUUCAACCUUCCAGAGCAAACAAGAUAGGACUUUUGAAACUCGUCUAACUCUGGAUGACCUUAUGCCUUAUCAAGGUGAUAUUGAACAAGCUGUCGACAACAAAAAACACAAGAAAAAAGAACAUCUUAUUAAUGUUUUCAAGUUCAAGCAUCACAUUCCCAUCAGUAGCCAUCUAGGGAACCAAGUAACACAGUUUGAACAUGCAGAUAGCAGUACUACAGUUCCUGUGCAGCCUUUUCAGAAAAAAUAUUUGAAUAAAAAUGACGAUGACUAUGAAGUCAUUCAGUUCAAAAAGAGGCUUCUGAAGAUGGCACCAGCCAAGCUAUUUAGAAAUGAAGACAAUAGUGACAAAUUAUUGCACAGACCUGCUGCUUAUUUGGUUGCCAAAGAAACAAAAAAAAUGAAAGCUAUAAAAAGUUACCUCAAACAUAAGCAACAAUCCAUUGAAGCUCAGGAUGACAUUAUUGAUAGCUUGAAGCAUGCAGUGGAGGUUGACGAGUACAGCAAAAUGAACGUUACCAGAAAAUAUGGCCAUGACAGUGAAAGCACAGAAAGUUUUAUGGUGCCUGAGAAGAGAAAACGCAGAGAGUCAAGUUUUCUGCAAGAAAGCAAAGCUGUAGAUAAUGCCAUAACAGAACAGAAGCAACUAUCUGUGGAUUCAGACCUAACUUCUGAGAGGAAGAAUGAGCCAUUUAGGCUAAUGCGACAGCACAAGCCAGUCUGGCCUGAACAUUUCCCAAGGAAAAGUCACCUCCAAGAAGCCGCAUACAAACCUGAUGAAAACUAUGAAAAAAAAAUUGGGAACUUGCAAGAGCACAGUGUUACUCCUGUCAUAAUUCGAAAAAAAAACACACCAUCGCAGAAUAGCGAUAGAAUUACCCGUAUAGCCACUGAUGCAAUAAGCUGGAGCAAUGAUAAGCUCAAAGACAGUCCAGUUUUACCCGAUGCUGCCACAAAAUGGAAGCACGAAAUUGAGCCGCACGUUUUCACAAGCACUCCAAAAAAUCAGAUGCUGACACCCUGCAAUAAUUCAUUGUUGCUUCUGUCAGAUGUCAAAGUAAAUACCUUUUUAGCCCAUAAAAAAGAAAAGCGCCAUUUCACAGGCAGAAAUCCAUUGCUGUUCUUCAAUGUGACAGUUUUAAAUAAUUAUGGCAGUAACAAAUCAUCUGCUUCCUACCUGGUUCCCCUUGCAGGAAGCAAAGCCAUUAUGAUAUCAUGGGGCACAUAUGGUGACUAUUCUUCGUGACACAUACGCCGUGCACUGGCAAAGUUUUACAUGUGCCGCAGAAACUAGGUGGUGUACCCCACCCAAGCAGCCUGGUGUAUUACUGGUCUGGAUUAGCAGCUACGGAAGUGCCUGGACUAUGUGACUAAGAAGCGACUUGUAAUGCUCAAUGGUAUGGACUAGCAGAAGUGCCUGGACUUGGUGGCUAAGAAAAAACUUGUAAUGCUAACUGUGCUAUUUAUAAAACCGACAUUCACACAGAAUUGGUAGUGCUUACCUUGGAUUAAUUUUGUGGCCCCAAUCACUUAAAAAGAGUGACAUCAUCAAGAGUGAGCAGCCAGUGCUCUACAGUUGAAUCCCUUUAUAGGAAACAUGCACCGGGGGGGAGGAAUUCUCGUCUUCUACAUGAGGUGUGUCUAAUAGGCAGUGUACUAUGGCUGAAUUUUCUUAACACCUAUUUCAAUGCAGGCACACUGUUCUUUCUUACAUCAGUGUCUCUUAUAAAGGUGUUCCACUAUGCACUCAAACCUUAAUAUAACGAUCCCAGACAUAACAAAUUAUCGGUUAUAGCAAAGUAAAUGUAGAACAGCUCUGUCAUAAAUACAUGCUGCAAAUAUAUGUUUAUGACAAAUUAACAAACAUAACAAAGCAUUUUUGUGGCACGUGUCACUUGUUAUAAUAAGGUUUGAGUGUAUAUCAAUCUUUAUAAACUGUUUGUUUUCUGAUGCAGCAAGUUGAUAAGUGUAGUCUGGACAGAUGCACCCACUGGUGACUCAGCCUCCCGCACCAUAGCAUUAUCUCUUGCACCUAGUACUCAUGUGGUUACAACAUUCCAGAUUGGUGUAUGUGCGCUUACAGUAACUGGGCAUUCUGCCAGUGCUACAUAUAUCCACAAGAUGUUGAAUCAGUAGCAAAGAUCCACUAACCACUUUGAGGAUGCAGCAAUUUCACCAUUUGUAUUCAGAAGUGUAUAUUUUCAUCACUUUAACGUUUUUGAUUCAGUAGAGAUCUCUAGAAGGACAGUCUUCUUUUAUACAUAAAUACUUGAAAAGAUUUAAAGCUAAAUCUGUUAUGAAAACAUUGUGCCACAACAGCAAAGAGGCCACACCACAGUUGCAUGUCCUUGUUUCCAAUAAAAAAAAGCAGAUUUGUAAACAAAAGGAAAAGUCAGAAAUGGUUCUCAUAAUUUUUGGAUGUUAAACCUCACAUAUCAAUUGAUCAAUUAGAAAUGGUUCUUAGUUUAACUGCAUAACAAAUUCCACAAAUGCUAAAAAGCAGAAAAAAAAAAACACAUUGAUGCCAAAGUUUUUUUUUUCUGUAGAAGUGGUGAUGCAGCCUGAAUCAACUUCCAAUUGUCAAUAUUGUAUACAAACAUGCUUUUUCAACACCCUGCUUGAAUUUGUAUGUACUAAAACACGCUUGUUCAACAUUACAAAUUUUGCUCACCUUUAGAUCAAUACCCACUGCAGGUAUUUUCUUUUUGCAAUGUAGAACCACAGUCACUGGAUAAAAAACCUUGUUUUUUAUCCAGCGGCCGUGGCAGAACCAAUCUGGCUUUCUUGCAGAACCUACAUGUUUGCUUUGUAUAAAGGUUUUGUUAACUCAAAAUUUCUAAAAAUUGUGAAGAAUCACUGGGAGUGAUGAAUAAUUCUGUUGUAAGCAUAUUUAUGUCUUGUAAUCUUGUCACAAUUACCAGAGAGGUUGGUUCUAUUUUCUAUUCAGUACGCUAUAGUGCCACAGUAAACCUGAUCUCUCUUGUGUACCAUCAGGUGACUCUGGGUGAUGAAACCUGGAAAUGAAUCAAAGAAAUACA